AUGUCAAACGAGAUUGUCGUCGAUUCGCAUCUCAUCGAGGGAACUGCCUUUUUAAAAGUUUCAUUAAAAAAGCAACAACAAAAAAUAUUCAGGGUCGAUGUUGGUCAAGUCAACAUUGAAAGUAUUAAGGAACUUCUAAUUGGUAAAGAUAUAAGAUGUUAUAGAGAACAUUUCAAUCUUAGUGCGGAUUUUGAGCCUCGAUGGUUCACCAUCACUUAUGUUGAUUCUGGAAGACAUAAAAUUCUUCACUUAAUCGCACCAACUUUAGAAUUAUUUAAUAUAUGGGUCAAUAAUUUGAAAAAACUAUAUUUGCGUAGAACGGAUGUGAUCGGAGGGUUAGGUCAUUUGAGAAAACGUGAAUUUUUAUUGCUGGAGCAACAGUGGAAGCAGGUUGACAAUGAUGGCGAUUCAAGAUUAGAUGAAAAUAAGAAUGGUUCUCUUGAUUUUACUGAUUUUCAGCGAUUUAAUAAAUUAAUUAAAAAGAGGGCUGAACUGGAUGAACUAUUUAAUUCUCUUGCGAAAGAGCGCGGGAAUACUUUGACACUUCGUGAAUUUAAAGACUUCCUCGUCAAUGUUCAAAAGUAUUCCUUGAAAGAAGAUGAAUAUGAUAAAUUAUAUUAUAAAUUUUGCGAUAAAAAUCUUAAGGAGAUGAGUUUAGUGGGCUUUAGUUAUUUCCUCAUGUCUAGCGACAAUGCCGUUUUUGCUUCAGAACACACCAAAGUUUAUCAAGACAUGACACAACCAUUAAGUGAUACUCUCGUCACUGGGCUCGCGUUCGAAAACGCUAAAGAAUUGCUGAGUCCAACAAGUUUAUUAUAUAAGAUUCUAAUAAAAGGAAACAAGCUUCCUAAUGAUUCAUCAGAAGGCUAUGUCGAAGUGGCCGAACCAGAUGCUGAAUCAUCUAAAGAACAAAAGACUACUAAAUUGCAGAUGUCAAAAGCCCUUUCAGACUUGAUAGCCUACUCUAUUGUUAAGUUUGAUGGAUUUGAUUAUGGUGACUUCAUGAACGAAGUAAUUGAUCCAUAUGUUGAAGUACAAUUGCACAUCCCCGGUGCUGAUGCUAUAAAGAAAAGGACCAAAACCAUUUCUGAUAACGGCUUUAACCCUACAUGGAAGGAAACCUUAAAUUUUACAUUUAAUUGUGAAGAAUUGAGUUUGGUAUUUUUACGGUAA